AUGUCCCAGGCGACGCCUUCGAACAGCGAUGAGAAAUCCCACGGAAAGCGGAAAACAUUUGAAACGAAACCGCAAACAUUAGACCCAAGGCGAAAGCUACCUCUAUUCGUCUCAACGCAGCAUCUUGAAUGCAGAAUGCAACAACUGAAAAGAUCGGAACGUAGGUGUGAAAGUGCGUAUGGCUGUAACAGCAUUUCGAUGUCCAACUGCCAUGCCACCCAAAGGAAGCACGAGGGCUGGGGUACUGCCAGGUCGCCCAAGCCUAGACAGGGGAAGUCGAGAGGCAGGGGUCGGGUUCGAACCACAGAUCUUUCGGUCAGUAAAUUCGCGCUCUAG